CGCCUCCCUUCUUCUUCGCGUCUUCCGCCCUCUUCGCGUCCAAGCAGAAUCAAAAUGUCGGCCGCAAGGUUACUCGCGCGUUGGUCCGUGAGAGCUUCUUCGUUUCCCUGGCGCUUGGUGGGCCUCCGCCGACCCGCUCUGGUGCCCGCGCCGAGCCGCAGCAUGGCGGCUGGAGGAAUCCCCACGGACGAGGAGCAAGCCACUGGCCUGGAGAAGAUCAUCAUGAACGCCAUGAAGGAAGGCUCGGAUCCGUACAGCAUGUUGAAGCCCAAAGAGUACGCCGGUUCCAAAGCGGAUCCUCACCUGGUGCCCUCCAUCACCGACAAGAGGAUCGUGGGAUGCGUGUGCGAGGAGGACAACACGGCUGUGGUUUGGUUUUGGCUCCACCAAGGCGAGGCCCAGCGCUGCCCUUCGUGCGGCUCCCACUACAAACUGGUGGCCCACCAGCUCCCCCACUAGGACGGGACCCGCUCGCUGGACGUUGUGGCAAAGGCUUCUUCCUUCCUUCCCUCCCUCCUUGCCGACAUUCAAAUAAAAAGGCCCCUGUGUGGAACGUUU